AUGCACGGGGGGUCAGCUGAACCAGCGGCCGAAAGCCUGGCUUUCAGACAAGAUUUAAGAAGUGUUCUGGAAUGGAAUAAUGUACAGGCCCAGUUCAUCCUGCCAAGUUUUGACGUGCCAGGAGCAUAUAUCCUGUCCGAAGCCCCAAUCCGACUGACUACCCUACAAACACGAUCUCCCAUCGUCCCCCAAGCCAUGGGAAACGGACAAUCCGGACCUGCCUCAGGCGAUGCCGCUGCCGAGGGCAACAAGAAGAUGUCAUUUUUCCAGCGCAUGCAAGACCAGAAAAAGAGCAAACCCCUGAGCGACGAGGACAUCCUCAAGUACACGGGAAAAACACGCGACGAGCUCAAGACCUGGUCCGACACACGGCCAGGCGUUGGCAAGAACCAGCCCUCCGGCAAGAUGGCAAUGGGCGGGGCGUCUGGGCUGGGCGGCCUGGCGGCCGCUGAUGGCUAA